AUGUUGAUUGCUUUCGGGGAUGAACGGACCGAAGAAUACCAAAACGAUUCAGAUAGCGACUCAGACGAUAACGAAGACCAGUCAGAGCUUGCAAACGAUAACGACGAGUUUGUAUUCCGGAAAGGGCUGAAACAGCGGGCUAUUUCAAAAGCGUGUGAGCCAGGUGGAAAAUUGUGGCUGGGAGGACGUAGUUGA